AUGGUUAGGCUAUCCUCACUUGCAUGCACCCUUCUUAGCUAUGCAGCUAUUUUUACGCCGCUCACCGAGGCCCGUCCCCAAACGCCCAAAACCGGCGCCGUCUUCAAGAAUCCAAAGAUAGAACAUUUCAUCCAUCUAGACCUAUCCGUAGGCUAUCCGGUCAAUACCACGACUAUCUGGGGCGGCGCAUCGCGAUCUCCCAAUCUCCGUGGCAAUUUCACAGGCAGCAUCAAGGGAACCAUCGAGCCAGUGGGUGCAUCAUUGGAACAACUUGUUACCCCCGACGGCUCUAUUAGUUAUUACACAAAUACAUUCACGCUCAACACGACAGACCAAAUUUUAUUGCUCAUGGAUGUUCAGGCGACUGUCCGCUACGCCAAUAACGCUCUCCAUGGCCUUAGCAGUGUCAAAUUUUCGACCGAUGGCAGUAAAAAGAACACGCUCGCCCACGUCAACUUUGAUAACUAUGUUGGCGAAUUCACUGCAAACUUCUUUACGGGGAAGGCGAGCGUGGAUGUGUUCAAGCUGGAAUCAAGCGGCAGGAUUGACGGCAAGCUGACCGAUGGAGGCAGUUAA